AAUAAAAUAAAAGCUUGUCCAUUAAUGGACCACCUUAGAAUCAUAAAUAUGUAUAUUAAAAGCUUUAAUGCAACCACAAUGCCGGCAUAUUAACGGCCGGGGUCACAAUCAGCCGGCAACUAUGCCUUCCUCUAAGGUUUGACGCCGCAACUCACCAUGUGGCUCUACUCUACUUAAAUUAUUACUUUGGAAAUCAAAAGCAACCUAUUUAAAUAAUCUCCAUAAUCAAAUUAUUGACCCUUAAAGGAAUAUGCCAAGUUGUCUGAUUUUGAAUUUUUUAAUCCCCAUGGAGUACGCAAUUAUUAUAAGCCCAUUACCGCCCUCUAUAUAUAGCUGCUGCAAGCUUCAGAAGCAAAUCAUGUCUGCAACAAUGACAGCUAGAGAAUCCAACGAAGCAACAGAAGUUGCCACUACAAAUGUUGCUGUCAUUUUUGGGGUUACCGGGCUUGUUGGGAGAGAGCUUCUGAAAAGUCUGCUCUCAAAAUCCAAAUGGAAAGUUUACGGCAUAGCUAGAAGGUUUGAGAGCUUCACCAUCCAAAAUCCCAAUUACCAUUUCAUCUCAUGCGACUUGCUAAACGCUCAAGAAACCCAAAAGAAGCUCUCUAUUAUGCAAGACGUGACUCAUGUGUUUUGGAUCACCUGGGCAGGCCAGUUCCCUUUAGAUAGCAGGGAAUGUUGCGAGCAGAACCUGGCUAUGAUGUCCAACGCCUUGAAUGCCAUCCUCCCCAAAGCUAAGACAUUGAAGCAUGUCUCGCUCCAGACGGGAAUGAAGCACUAUGUGUCACUACAAAGCACUCAGAACGCGAAACGACGAGCCUGCAUCUUUGACGAAGAUAGCCCAAGAGCGAGUGAAGGGCAUAACUUUUACUAUGUCCUUGAGGAUUUGCUUAAGGAGAGACUAGCUGGUAAGGUAGCUUGGUCUGUGCUGAGGCCUGGCUUGAUAAUGGGUAGUUCCUGUAGGACUUUGUACAAUGUCAUGGGUUGUUUGUGCGUUUAUGGAGCUAUUUGCAAAUAUUUAAACCUCCCCUUUGUGUUCGGAGGGACGAGGGAGGUCUGGGAGGAGGUAUGCAUGGAUGGAUCGGAUGCUAAUUUGGUAGCCGAACAGCACAUUUGGGCAGCCACCAAUGAUGAAAUCUCUUCUCCAGAAGGUCAGGCAUUCAAUGCCAUCAAUGGGUCAAGUUUUACCUGGAAGGAGAUAUGGCCAGUUCUGGGGAAGAAAUUUGAUGUGGAAGCGCCUGAAGACAUGUUCAUGGAGGACUUCAGAUUUGCAACGGCAAUGAGUGACAAGAGAAAAGUAUGGGAAGAGAUUACAAAGAAGGAAGGACUAGUAGAGACAGAGAUGAAAGAUUUGGCUAAUUGGGAGUUUUUAGAUGUGUUGUUUCGUUGUCCGGUGAAACUACUGGGAAGCCGAGAGAAGGCUGGUGGGUUGGGUUUUAGCAUGAGAUGCAAAACAAUGGAAUCGAUCUUGUAUUGGAUUGAUUCCAUGAGGAGUGAUAAGUUAAUUCCCUGAAACCUCUUAUUAGAGAUUUAAUUGGUAUUUUGAUUAUGAGUAGAGGAAAUUAAGAAAGUGCUUGUGUUUGAGUGUUUCUGUUUUCUGAUGAGAACAUGAAUACAGUGAGCGGCGCCCACCUCUUCUUACUCGUCCAUGCCUUGGCUUCCUCAUGUUCACAUCCUACCCUUAUGGAGCAAGCAGGGGAUAUUAUUUGCUCGUUGGACAAGGACUUUUAUAGACGAUAUUUUGUCUCCUCUCGACAUGCAUUUUCUGAAUUCUUCUCUCUCUCUCUCUUUGAAAACAGGGAAGAAGGGCAUAAUUACUUCUUCUACGUUCUUCUAUUUAGCUCUACUUUUGUGGGUACAAGAACAUCAAUAGUAACAUGUACUAGCGAGAGAACACGGCGGUGUACAAAUACAACUUUGAUUCAGUAUAACUCUGAACAUCAAGUCAAAAUUCCUUGCCAUCCUCUAAAGUUACAAAACAACAUACUCCAAAAGAUAAAUUUGUGUGAGCACUUGAAUAUAUAAAUGUAUUUAUA